GAAACAUUGCGGGGCCGAGCGCCAAAUAAAAAAUAGAAAAUACAAGCCACCGCUUCAUCUUCUAACUGUAUCAUCUGCAACAGAAAUUCAAAACAAAAAACUCCAUUACUCAAACCUCUCAUAUAGUAGACUUGAAAAGAAAGAUAUAAAAGAUGCUUCUUUGCGAGCCUUUGAUAGUUGGUCAACCAAUUGCAUCCAAAACCCAAACUAUUUCCCGAACAAGAAACCUUAGCCCUAGCCCUAGCAGCAGAACCAUCACCAACAUCUCCAUGGCCACCGACAGAGCUACGGCUCCACGGCAGCAAAGGAGAAGGACCAUGUCUGCUCUUGAAGCUCGAAUCUCCCUUGUAUUCGCUCUCGCUUCCCAAACAGCUUCUCUCUCACAGCGACUUGUGCUGGAUUUUACGACCGAGGCUGCCAAAUACUUGUUCCCGAAAAGGUUCGAGUCUCGCACUCUUGAGGAAGCUUUGAUGUCAGUUCCGGACCUUGAAACGUUUAAGUUUAGGGUUUUGAGUCGGACAGACCAGUACGAGAUUAGGGAAGUUGAGCCUUACUUUGUAGCAGAGACGUCAAUGCCUGGGAAGACUGGUUUUGAUUUCAAUGGAGCAUCGAAGUCCUUCAAUGUUUUAGCCGAGUACCUGUUUGGUGAGAAUACCAGAAAGGAGAAGAUGGAGAUGACCACUCCAGUGUUUACACGUACUUCUCUAUCUGACGGAGAGAAAAUGGAAAUGACAGCUCCUGUCAUAACAAAGAGGGUGGAAGAUCAAGAUAAGUGGCAGAUGUCUUUUCUCAUGCCCUCAAAGUAUGGUGCUAACUUGCCAUUUCCAAAAGAUCCAUCUGUGAGGAUCAGAGAGGUUCCAAGGAAAAUUGUUGCAGUUGUUGCCUUCUCAGGUUUUGUGACCGAUGAAGACAUUAAACAACGGGAAACUAAAUUACGAGAAGCUCUAAAGAAUGAUAGACAGUUUCAAGUGAAGGAGGGGACUUCAGUGGAAGUUGCCCAGUAUAAUCCACCUUUUACUCUUCCAUUUCAACGUCGUAAUGAGAUUGCAAUAGAAGUCGAAAGCAAAGAGGAAUAGCUCUUAUCAGCCACUUCUCCUGUAAAGUAACUAAAACUUGUAUACCAUUUUGUAUAUACUUGUGUACUAGAAUCUGAUAAAAGUAAUUUUGUAUAGUUAAAUAUUCAUCUUAAUUUGUAACUACAGGGCAUAUUUGUUGGGGGGGAAAAAAAAUUGGAUGAAACAUUUCCAAGUGGAUUAUAAUAUUAUUAUGUAGGAAUCUUUACAUCCAUGGUUA